AUGGCAGAGCAAAAGUCAGUCACAUUCUCAGUCCAACAACGCUACCCAUCAGCCCAAACAAGCGUAGAAAGCUUCCCGGCAGGACCAAGCACAAACAGAAUAAACGACGAGGAAGCGCCCCGAUCGGUCUUCUCGAUAAUCGAGCCCCCAGCCGAGCUAGCAACAGUGACAACCCACUUCACAGACCAUUUCCCAGAGCACAACCCGGAUGACAUCUUCCCGGAUGGCGGGCUACGCUCCUGGAGCGUUGUCCUCGGCUCGUUCCUACUCUUAAUGAGUAGUUUCGGAGUUAUGAAUACAACAGGUAUCCUGCAAAACUAUUUCUCGUCGCACCAGUUAUCGAAGUAUUCGCCCAGUGCGGUCGGUUGGAUUCCUGGUUUAUUCACUUUCUUCGGACUGAGCGUUUCUGUCCAGGUUGGUCCCAUGUUCGAUCGGUAUGGUCCGACUGGUAUCCUCAUUGCCGGCACGGCGAUCUAUGUGACUGGCCUGAUGCUCCUUGCUGAGAGUUAUGAGUAUUGGCAUUUUGUUUUGACGCUGGGUGUCAUGUCUGGCAUUGGUGCUGCGCUUUUGAGUACGGUUGCGCUGGCUAGUGUGCCGCAAUGGUUUGACCGGAAGGCUGGUCUUGCGAUUGGAAUUUCGAUGGCAGGGGCGGGCCUUGGUGGUGUGCUUUUUCCGUUGAUGCUCCGGGCUGGGUUCUCUCAAUUGGGGUAUAAGUGGACGAUUAGAAUCUUGGCUUUUAUUGCUUUGGCUUUGUGUAUUGCUGGGACGGUCUUGGUUAAAGCGAGGUUGCCCAAGGGGAGGAGUAAGUCGACUGUUAAUUUGCGCUCCUUGAAAGAUGCCAGGUUUACCUGGUUGACGCUGGGGAUUUUCAGCCUUGAGCUUGUCGUUUUUGCUAGCCUGGGUCUAUACCCGACCUAUGUCGUUCUACAGGGUUUCUCGACGAACACUAGUGUUCUUCUACUCUCCGUGCUGAACAUAGCAUCCACAGUCGGCCGCUUGAUGGCCGGAGGCAUAGCCGAUCGCUACGGCAGGAUAAACACUCAAGCCGCACUUAUUGCACUGGGAGCCUUUGCAGUCUUUGUGAUAUGGCUACCAUUCGGUGAUACCCUUCCAGGUCUAUAUACCUUCUCGUCGGUAUUCGGGCUAGCAUCAGGAUCAUUCCUAAGUCUAGCACCGGCCUGUAUUGGGCAGAUCUCCAAGGCCAGCGAGGUCGGUGGACGGUUUGGAUUGACAUAUUCUAUUGUCAGCUUUGCUACACUGAUCUGUAUCCCCAUCGGAGGAGAAAUGCUAGACAAAGUUGGCAAGAAGGCAAUGGUAGCCUAUCUGGGCAGUGUAUUGAUUGUUGCACUGGGGAUGUUUGUCAUGGCUCGAUGGGCAUGUCUGAGUUAUCGAUGGAGAUGGCAAGCGAAGAUCUGA